AGUUAAUAAUUACUAGUUUUUUUAGCGAAAAGGGUGUAUCGGCCACCAACCUGCAUGACGAAGACAAGCGGAUUAACGGUCCGUGCAGUGGCACAGUCGCAGAGCCCACAGUGUGCCGAAGGUGGAUGUCGUUCUUUUGUAGCUGACGUAUGUGGUGCUGUCGGUGACCAUGGGGCCGCCGAAGCGGCGUCUUUGGCCGGGAAUUCAAGAGGUGGCGCUGCCAGAUGUUCCCAAGUGUCGUUGGCGACCGGGUGACGAGCCUACAGUUCGCCUUCCUGACGCAGCAUUCAGAAGUUUGCUGCGUUGCCUGGGUUUCUUCCCAUCAAGACCGGCAGGAGAGCAAAGAUGCCGAGGACAAGAAGAAGCGCUGCCGAGCAGCCUUCUCGCACGCCCAGGUGUACGAGUUGGAGCGGUGCUUCAGCGUUCAGCGCUACCUCACCGGAGCUGAACGGGCCGAUCUAGCACAGGCGUUGAAGCUCACAGAGACACAGGUGAAAAUCUGGUUCCAGAACAGGCGCUACAAGACCAAGCGGCGCCAGCAAGGAGGUGGCGCCCAAGAGCCGACGUUCACCAGCAGCUAUACGUGCCGCACAGUGAAGGUGAAAGUUCUCGUCCGAGACGACCAGCGCCUGUACCGACCAGAAGAACUCGGCCCAAGGCCAGCGCUACUGCUACCCUCAGUGCCCUUGCCCGGGCUGCAGGCAGCAUUGAAACCUGCCUACCCGGCGUGCUAGCUCUGGUAGAUCGCGUUCCUAAAAGAGAGUACGACCAUUUGUGUAACACCGGCGAGGGUAGCAACGUACAGUGUAAAAUAAUUUACAUCCUCAAAAGCACUAGUUUGUCUAUAAGUCACACGUGUAAGGGUGUGAAUUACAAGGUGUAAUUAGGGUAUAGUAAGGCUGUAAGGCGGGUGUUAUAAGGGUGUAAAUUUGUAUAUACCUCACAUCCUCACACUUAGAACGACAGAUAGCUGAGCUAGUUGGUAAGGAUUCAUUAUGCAAGAAAAGGUGAGGCGUGCAGACGGUACAGAAGAAAGGACACAGGCGUUCGUGUUGUCCACUUCUCUUCUCUUGUGUCCUGUCUGUACGCCUCACCUUUUCUUGCAUAAUGAAUCCUCACACUUAACGUGUGAGCUAUAUGGAUGUUAUAAACCUAUUGCUAAACCCAGUACCCAGUGUGC